UGGGGAAACCUACUGCAGUAACAGUAAGUCGCCAUUAUAUGCUUUUACGUUGACUUAUUUCAUAUCUUGUUGUAAAUUACUUGAUGCAAUUUACCCCUUCAUAUUUAGUCAAAGGAUUUUUCGAAGUCAAGCUAAUGGUAGUGACUUAACGCACAUGGGGCACUAAUGCUUGUUAUUUUGCAAGGUUGAAGAUCCAGUUGAUAUUGAAGCUGUAAAGACUUCUGUUAGUAGUGGUUCAGCUGUCAAAAAGCAAGAAACAACUCAUCAUGAAUCCAAAAGUAAAGUUAGAGUGCAGAAGUCCGGUACAAAGAUCAAUACAUCAGCUAAGUUGCUUAGAACAUGGAUUAGAUGCAUCAUCACUAAAGGCAUCAGGUCCUCGUGGUAUUUUGCUAAAAGGAGAUGUUUUGGCUGCAAUUAAGUCCGGAAAAGGAUCUUCCAAGAUAUCUUCAUCUGAGAAGAAAAAACCAUCAACUCAAAUCAGCCCUAAGAAAUCUCCUUCAGCAAGGCCUGAGUCAAAAGCUCAUCCACAGCAAUCAGAUUCUUUUGAAGACCUGUCCAAUACUCAAAUUCGCAAGGUUAUUGGGAUGUUGAGAAAAGGGGAAAUAAUAGUGUGAUUCUGUUGACAUAUCAAUUUCAGUUGCUACUGAGAAGGGUUUAAUGAUUCCAAUUGUAAGAAAUGCAGAUCAGAAAUCCAUUUCAUCAAUCUCCUCAGAGGUACUUUCAUUUUUGACCUCUACCCUUUGUUGAUUUUAACAACUUUGUUUGGCUCCACUACUCUGUAGUGUAAGUGAUAUGACUGCGGUUUUAAGCCUAGCAGCCUCGCGUUGGACAUAACAUAAGCUUGAGCUUUCUCAAUUUUGGUUACUUUACACCAGAUCGUUAGGUAUAUUGCCUAUGUACUCUGCCUUUUAAGCUUGUUUAAAUCUAGGGAAAUAACAGAACACAAACUGCCUGUUGUCUGGCCCCUUAAAUAUGUUAACUAAUCAAAACCUCAGU